AUGGAGAUGUCUCUGAACAACUCUCCCUAUCAUCCUCCCCUGUCCACUUCCUCAUCCCGGCAGUCCUUGCACAAGGAAAUACCCUCUCAGCCUGACACCGCCUCUUCGCGGCCAAGUGAUCGACGCUCAACAGGGCAACUGCCGGAGGGCCGGCCAUCAACAGACGAAACCCACCAACUCCCAAGAACAAUUGAAUCGCCUUCCCAAGAUGCAGUUUUGGAUGGACCUGAAGACCACCAUGAAGAAGGCCAAGAACAACCUCUAUUACAUCCCGCAUUCCAGCCAUUCUUCACCUUGAUCGAAGACGCCCACACCUCAGAAUACCACCACCCAACGGUCCACUACAUAUUCUCUGACGAUGACACCGAUAUCGUGACAGAGGCAGCCUUACGUAGUUUGGCCGCACAGCAAGAAGCUCUAUCCGAUUCCAGGAAAGACCAGAUCGCGCAAACCCAAGCAUCCAAUCUCCCGGACGAGAUCAAAGACCCCUCCGACCCAGACCUAGCCAAGACCGCCCUACUCCCACCGCCUGUUCCAGGCGUCCGGGAUAACUACGUCAUCCUCGAUGUAGAGCCCUCACCACACGCACCUGGGGCGGCGCAAACUAGUCCGAUAACCGAACAAGUAGCACCAGGCAAAGGUGGGGUUGGCACAAUGUCCAUAUCCACGUCGCCGGCGAACGCUUCCCCACUCCCACAAGAUCAGGGACAACUACACCCGCAGUAUCGCGUUACCGCGGCGCAAAGCUUCUCAUCAACAUGGCAGGUCCUCAACACGGAAGUGGUGCCGGCACCCACUUUUGAGAAUAAUAAUCCCGGCGAGUUACCAGGACAGGGAUUGAUGCUGAAGAUCCGUGGCACGAGUGGACUGCCGAUUAAGGUGGGUGGAAAGGAGAAGGAGAGCACACUUGAGGAGAUGAUGGAUCAGUUUGCGAAGCGGAUGAGCGAGUUGCAGGUCAUUAUUGAUGCUGCGGAGGAUACAGAUUCGAAAAAAGAACAUGACGAGGAAGAACACGUGCAGCAUCCCUUCUCUCCAGACACAGCUGAAGAGACUAUUCAGGGGGAGGGGAGCAGUGCCGCUCAUGCUGCAGCACAUGAGGCGGAACACUCUUGA